CCCGACACCACGUGUCCCUGCCCCUCAGACUCUUGCUCCGCCCCCAACACUUCUACCUAGCGCUAGCUGCCUGAGAUCACUACGUCGGGGGUCUCUUUUCAAGAUGGCACAAGUGUGGAAGGCUGCGUCGGUGGUGGCUGUGAGCGCCGCAGGGCUUUUCUCCAGAGUCCAAACUCAAUUUCCAACUGUGAGAGGUUUUUCCACAUCACAGUCCUUGCAUCUAUCAGCGGGGCCUGUGUGGAACCUGGGGCGGCUCAAUCAUGUGGCCAUAGCAGUGCCAGAUUUGGAAAAGGCCUCAUCAUUUUAUAAGGAUAUUCUGGGGGCCCAGGUAAGUGAGGCAGUCCCACUUCCAGAACAUGGAGUAUCUAUUGUUUUUGUCAACCUGGGAAACACCAAGAUGGAACUGCUUCAUCCACUGGGAAGUAACAGUCCCAUCGCAGGCUUUCUGCAGAGAAACAAGGCUGGAGGAAUACACCACGUUUGCAUUGAGGUGGAUAAUAUAAAUGCAGCUGUGAUGGAUUUGAAAAAAAAGAAGAUCCGCAGUCUAAGUGAAGAGGUCAGCAUAGGAGCACAUGGAAAGCCAGUGAUUUUUCUCCAUCCCAAAGACUGUGGUGGAGUCCUUGUAGAACUGGAGCAAGCUUGAUAUUUACAUUUGGUCUCCAUAUUCCCAGUGUGAACCAGGCUGGCCUCGAUCCACCUGUCUCUGCUCCUGAGGGCUAGGAUUAAAGGCACGAAGCACCACGGCCAGCUUGUUAAUACAUACUAAUUGUACAUGUUAAUGAGGUUCGUGAUAUUUUCAUGCAUGCAUAAAAUUGCAUUGAAUCAAAUUUUAUCACCAUUUUCCACACCUCACCCCCCGCCACCUGUACAACUCUCUUACUUCUGUGUAAAUAUCCAGAGGAAAUCAGCAUACUGAGAAGAUACCUACGUCCGUAUUUUUUAUUGCAGCACUAUUUACAGUAGCUAAGCUACAAAUCGACCUAGGGGUCCAGUAUUAGGUGAACAAAUAAAAUAUGACAUGUGUUCAUAAUGGAUUAAUAUUCAUCCACAGAAAAUAGAACCCUGUCAUUUGCAGCAGACAAAUGAUACUGGAGAGUAUUAUGUUAAGUGAAAUAAGCCAAACAAAUACUACACAUUCUCUCUCAUCUGUAGAAGCUAAAAAAGUUGACCUGAAUGCUUCUUACAGUAAGUUGCUUAAAGAAUUUUAUCUCAAGAUACUUGCUCUUUGAGUACAACUAAUGGUCAUAGACUCUUUGGGGACAAAGUAUUUUGGGUAUGAGUAUUACAUGUAUAUGGAUGGGAGGUUUUGUGGGAACUUGCAGCAUAGGCAGCUGAAUGGUUUCUAAUAGGUGGUGGUUAAACAGAAUGAGACCCAUUGCCCAGAAGCCUAUGGGGAAAAUAAUUAAAACAACAUAUGUGUAAGUACUUAAAAACAGCACAUAAAUGAGUUAGGAAGGAUAGCAAUGUCAUUCAGAGGAUACUUUUAGAAACAUAUCUGAUUUUUUAUCAGUGUCCCAAAUAUAUUGGAAAAAAGUAUCAGUGACUUAUAGAGAACAUGGAUGGAAAACAGCACAAGGGAAAAUGGUUAACAAGUUUGUGAUGGUUCAAUGCUAGGGAAGGAGUGGCUGUGUAGACACUCCUGGUGAUUGUGAAAGAUAAAUACAAUAUCCAGUUACACUUUUAAAAAUUAUAUUGUAUGGUUCUCAGUGUAUGCAGAGACAGUGUUUGAGAUCAACAUCAUGGGAAGUGGAGUAAGAGGGGAAGUGAUAGUUAAAUGCCCAUAGUUCACUGAAGUGGUACAUGUUGACAUUGGUAGGCUUCAGUAGCCUGAAUGUGUUGAACCCUAGAUUAGUCCCUGAAAACAAUUAUAUAAGGAGAGACACUUAAAAAAUAUGGAUGAAUCACAGAUGAAUCAAUGGAUACUAAAGAAUGUUCACUUGAAGACAGAUAAAUAGAAACAGGAGAGACAAAACAUAAAAUGACAGACCUACAUAAGACUUAAUGUGAAUAAUUACAUUCAAUGUAAAUGAUCCUAAAUGUGCCAGGUAAAAAAUAGAGUAAGAGAAUGAGUUUUUAAAACUUGCUUAAAAUAUAAUGGCAUUGAUGGGUUAACAGUAAAGAACAAAAAAAGCUUCCAUACAAACACUAAUCCAAAAAAAGCUGGAGUGGCUGUAAUACCACUAUCAAAUGAAGUAGACUUCAGAACAAAAGAAAACUUCUGGAAACAGAAAAGUACAUUACAUCAUGGUAGAACAAUCUGAUGACAAGAAAACAGUAAAUUAUAUACACCAAGUGAUAUAACUGCAAACACAGAACUGAAAACUGACACAACUGAAAAUAUGGUAAUAGCUUGUAGCUUCAUUCAACACUCCUUUUUGGUGAUGGAUGAAACCUCUAAACAGCAUAGGCAGCUGUCUAGGAGAACUGAACUGUACCACCAACUGAUUUUGAGCAUGUGAAGGACAUAUCUGGCAUCACCAAGCAAUAGGGAAAGAAAAUAAAACAUGUCUUAGUCAUAACUAAGUCAAACCAAAUCAGUAGACGAUAACAGGAACUCUCUAAAAGCUUAUAUAUUACCAAAGAGGAUGCACACCUCAUGGAGUGAAAAAAAAUCUUUUGAAUUGGAUGAAAAUUGAAAUAUAAUCAUUUUUAUAAAAUUCACCAGUUAAUUCAUAAAUAGAUAAUAAAAUCCUACUUUCAUAAGAUGAAUGGAGUUUGGUAACAAUAUGUACAAAGUAGUGUAUGUGUCUCCCACAUCCGUUACCUCUUCUUUCUCAGUAGAAUCUGACUUUGUUAGAUACCCAUUCUUAUCCUACCCACACAUGCAAAGCUUCAGCAAAAGCCUCAAAGCUGAACUUAAAUUUCAUCAUUCUUGCUAGUGAUGGACUUAAGAUCAGGUUGUCCACACCUGGACAGAGCAGAAGGAAGAUUCCAUAGAAGCUUUUGGCAGUGCUCUGUCCUACUCCCAUGUAAGAAGUCAGCCUCUUGCACCAGAGGUGAACAGGGAAACAGACAGCUCUGGUUGCUCUUAGUAACUAUCCAUAAGUCAUCAAAAAAAAAAAAAGUUAGAGUAAUAAUCCUCAUUAGCAGAGUAAUGAGAAAAAGCUUACAUUAAAAAAAUAUAUUUGAGGGUUUGGAGAGAUGGUUCAGUGGUUAAGAA